AUGUCUGCCUUCAAGAACGAAGCCGCCUGGAUCAUGGUCGAGAAGGCCAAAGAAAUGGGAGUGAAACAAGGUCCAGCACCAGAUCCAGCAGCUGAUGAGGUCGUCAUCAAAGUAGCAUACGCUGCUAUCAACCCAUCAGACUGGAGAAUCCAGGACGAUCCAUUCCUGAAGCUCCCCUAUCCGUUCGUCCUCGGCAACGAUGUCUCAGGCACAGUCGUGCAGAUCGGCAGCGCCGUCACAAAGUUCAAGAUCGGCCAGCGAGUGAUCGGCCACAACGACGCCCUCGUUUCUCUGAACGUCACACAUGCUGGCUUCCAGACCUACAGCACAGUACGAGAACGUGUCGUAUCUGCGGUGCCAGACUCCCUACCUCUCGCCAGCGCCGUUGUGCUGCCCCUGGCCGUCGAUACUGCAGCUACAGGGUUAUACUACGAUCUCAAACUUCCACUACCGUCGCUUAACCCAAUAUCAACAGGAAAGACCAUCCUGAUCUGGGGAGGAGCAUCAUCUUGUGGCAGCUGCGCCAUUCAGUUGGCUGUAGCCAGUGGGUGGCGUGUCAUCACUACUGCCAGUGAGACCAACUUUGACUAUGUCAAGAGCUUGGGUGCAUCAGAGGCAUACGACUACCGCUCACCGGAUGUUGUCGACCAGCUGAAGGCCGCCUUGAGGGAGAGAGAUCUUGUCUUCGACUGCGUUAGCAUGCCAGGCGCACAGUCCGCAUGCGCUGAGAUUCUCACAUCAAUUGGUGGCACUCUUCUACCAACGGUCCUGAAAGCAGAAAAGGACCUGCCCGGCAAUGUGGAGGUGCGACCAGUCUUUGGCUUGGCACCAGCCUUCUCGGCCAUCGAGCGAGCCAGUCUGUCCAAUGCUUGGGCAGUAGGUGAUGCAUCUGAUGUCGCCACAGCUCUUUGGCAUGACUUCAUGCCCAAAGCACUGGAGUCUGGAAAGUUUCAGGCCAAGCCUGAUCCGCAUGUACUCAAGGGUGGCCUUACAAGGGUGCAAGAGGGUAUCGAUAUGGUCAGGAAGGGUGUCUCAGCUAAGAAGGUUGUCAUUGAGAUCGCUGGUGAAGUCUGA